AUGACCCAGAACGUGACUGCUGUGCUUGAGAUCGACAAGCCUCAACAUUGGGAGGACUCGAGUCUGAGCACACACUUUUUUUACGAGGAAACAGCAGGGCCUGUUCAUUGCUCGAUCGCCCAGUGGGCCAUCACAGCCCGUCUCCACAUCCAAGGGUGCUCGAACAUUGAAUCCCCGGAGACGACAUGGGCUUCCCAAGCCGUCACUGGUCUGUGA